CUCACUUCUCCCACCCUCUAAAUAACAGUGAUCUCAUUUUUCCCGCCCUCUCAAAACGAAACUCAGAAAGAAAUGGGGGAUAACCCAGAAAUGGAACCUGAGUAUCGGUUCUGUAAAUUUCUACUGAAGAAGAAUUAUUCUGAUCAACUCGUCUCAAUCGUUUCUUCACCGGAUACUCUACUUCAUUACCCCGUCCACUUCGAUUUGGUAGAUCUACUUGAUUACGAUCUCGAGCUAUGUUACCUUCUUUACUCACACCCGAAUCGUUUCUUACCGAAAUUUGACGAAGGCGCUUGUCAAGCUCAGAGGGUUAUUUUAGAUGUUGAAAAACAAGGAAGUUUUAAGGAAUUGGUUCAUGUUCGGAUCAACGUCAGUGCGGAGAAUCCAGAGGCUUGUCCAAGUAUUGGGAAAAUUAGAGUGAAACAUAGGGGAAAGCUUCUCACUCUUAAAGGUACUGUUACUAGGACUGGAUCAAUUAAGAUGAUUGAAGGUGAAAGAUAUUACGAGUGUCGCAAAUGCAAAUUCAGGUUCCCGGUUAUACCUGAAUUUGAAACUGGAAAUUCUAGUCGGCUUCCAUCGUUUUGUGGGUCUGAGGAGAAACCCUGUGAAGGCACAAGUUUUCAGUUCGUUGAGGAUAGUAUAGCAUGCCAUGAUUACCAGGAAAUCAAAAUCCAAGAAAGCACACAAGUUUUGGGUGUUGGUUCUAUACCUCGCUCAAUCGCAGUUGUUCUCAAGGAUGAUCUUGUUGACAUUGUUAAAGCCGGAGAUGACGUAAUUGUCACAGGGGUCUUGACAGCAAAAUGGUCAUCAGAUAUGAAGGAUGUGCGCUGUGACCUCGAUCCAGUAUUUGUUGCUAAUCAUGUGAGGAGAACCAAUGAACUAAAAGCGAAUAUAGAUGUCCCUGAUGAGAUUGUACAGAAGUUUGAACAGUUUUGGAUUGAUUUCAAAGACACUCCACUGAAAGGAAGGAACGCCAUACUGCAAGGCAUAUGCCCACAAAUUUUUGGACUUUUCACAGUGAAGCUUGCAGUUGCCUUAACAUUGAUCGGAGGGGUACAACAUGUUGAUGCUUGUGGUACAAAAGUACGAGGGGAUUCUCACUUGCUUUUAGUGGGGGACCCAGGUACUGGAAAGUCUCAGUUUAUGAAGUUUGCUGUGAAGUUGAGCAAUAGAUCUGUCAUGACUACGGGAUUGGGAAGCACGAGUGCCAGAUUAACCGUCACUGCAGUGAAAGAUGGAGGAGAAUGGAUGUUAGAGGCUGGCGCCCUUGUCCUGGCAGAUGGCGGAAUUUGCUGCAUAGAUGAAUUUGACAGCAUGCGAGAACAUGACAGGGCAACAAUUCAUGAAGCCAUGGAACAACAGACCAUAAGUGUUGCAAAGGCUGGUCUUGUUACGACUCUUAGUACCAGGACUAUUGUAUUCGGUGCGACAAAUGCAAAAGGGCAGUAUGAUCCCACUAAAACUUUCUCUGUCAAUACUACACUCUCUGGACCCUUGCUCAGCAGAUUUGAUAUAGUCCUUGUCCUCUUGGACACCAAAAACCCAGAAUGGGAUGCAAUUGUUUCAUCUCACAUUUUAGCUGAGCAAGGAGAAUCAGAAACGGGGAGGUGUGACGAAGAUUUAUCAACUGUUUGGCCACUACCCAUGCUUCGAAGGUACAUUCAUUAUGUAAAAGAACACUUCAGACCUGUUUUAACAAAGGAAGCUGAAAGUAUUAUCUCAAGUUAUUAUCAACUCCAGCGAAGAACAGCAACCGAGAAUGCAGCAAGAACCACCGUGCGUAUGCUUGAAAGUUUAAUACGACUAGCCCAAGGACAUGCAAGACUCAUGUUUAGAAAUGAGGUCACUCGGCUUGAUGCUAUAGCUGCCAUUCUGUGCAUCGAGUCGUCCAUGACCACCUCAGCUAUAGUGGACAGCGUCGGCAAUGCACUGCAUUCAAAUUUUGCUGAAAAUCCAGAUCAAGAAUAUGCUAAACAAGAAAAAUUGAUCCUGGAAAGGCUGAAAUCAGAGUCAUCAGACUCACUUGUUGAAGUUUACUGACAUAAACAGCCUGGAAGGAUGAAUGUCCAGGUCCAGGUGACAGAACUCUACUGCAGCUGAAAUCAGACUCACUUGUCUCCAUCUUUGAACUACCGCUGCUUUCACAGGUGGCGACACAGAAAUUACAUCAUUCUUUACUACUCAUGGACACAUUAGACCCACACCAAUGGUCGUUGGACCCCUCAACAGCACCUCGACUGCAGCUACUCACUGGUUAAAGUUCCUCGCAGCUAUAUGUACCACAAGUUUUAUUUCGUUUCCCACCUUGUUCUGGAAAAAACCAAACGAAAUUGCUGCACGCUUCAACAUAACUUUUUUGGACACACCAAGUGCAUUUACUGGAUGCAUUUCGUGUAAAUAUUUAUGGUUCUUCAUUUUCUUGUGGAUAUUGUACAUGACAAUUAACAAUCACAUAUUAUACUCA